AUGCAUAAGGGGUGCAUGUGGGCGAUGAAUGUGGGCGCAAUGGCGGGCAGCUUGCAGCAGGUGAUGCUGCUGCUGGUGUGCUCGCUCAGUCCGAUGAGCUUCGGGUCCUUCUCGACGUCCAUGGCGACAAGACACUCGUCGCUCGCUCCUCCUCCUGCCGUCUCGUCGGGAUGUGCCUUGAGGCUGAGAGGUGGGAAGAUACAAGAAAGCGAUGGCUUGGUAGGCGAUCAGAUUCCGAACGUGACGGAGGAGGUCACAGAAGAUUACAUAGCGUGGAGCUUUCCUGUAGAUAUCAAUACAUCUUACUUUGAAGGAGAGAAGGACUGGAGCAAACCAUCCUUUGAUGACCUUCCCAUCGAGUACUUCGAGGACAAGUACAACGUGAAGCAGGAGGAUAUCAUCGAAUACUUCAAGAACCGGUCGUUGGAAGUCAUCAACAAGGCAAGAAAGUCGGAUGACGAGCCUCCGAUCGAGUUAGACCCUCCGACCUUCAAGACAUGCCAUUUCAAAAACGGCACUUACCGAUUCUGCACCACAAGGAUGGAUCGCUGCAGCAUCGGAGCCGAGCAAGGACUCUUUCUCGAUGUGCAGGCGAAGAACAAGAGCAUUGAAAUCUUCGCCAUCAAGACAGCAGCCCAUGGCUUCUCAAACCCGCAGGCCUCCGAAACAACGGCCGAGAAGGACUUUGUGCAUCAGUACGUGUUGCAGGAGCCUUCGUAUCCCAUGAACAUCACAGUGUACACGUGCGAAGGGACCAGCCGCGGGAAAGAAAUGACCCCAAAGCAUUGGCGCGUCAUUGGACGGGCUUGCAACGUGACGGUAGGAGGAGACUUGUGCGGAAAACCAGCUGAAGGGGAGCAGAUGCCGCGAAUCAACGGGCUAGAGGACUGGGACGGUCACAUGCUUGAAGACUGGAUCCCUGACGAUCCCAAGGUUCCUACGGGGAAGGGAGACUGGUACAGUGAUCGAAAGAAGGACCCGUUGUAUGCUGCACUUCCCUUGGAUGAGACGCUCCUCUUGGCCCCGGGAGAACGACGCGGCUUCCUAAUCCACACCAGCUGUGAGUACGGAGUGGCAAAUCGAUGGCCAACAGACUCUGAGUCAAUUCUCAACACCAUCUCCGACGAAAACGACCACCUUCGGCUCUUCGCCAUGCGCGCCAUGCCCGAAGUUGAGCCCUUCACUGAGACGCAAGACGAAGAGAAGUUCUUAGCGGUGAAUGAGAACGUCACCUAUGAGCCAGACCAUUUCGUCCGCAGAAGAAUGGGUCAUGCCUUUGUCGGGGAAGUCGAAUACAGAUUGAAGGAUUAA